AUGUAGCAACUUAUUAUAUUUCUAGGUAAUUAAGGUUCUGAAAAGGAUUAGUUAUUUUAACUAUUGCCCUUUGAAUAAAAAGAGAUAGUAUUUGAAAAAUUGAUAAUAAAAGAGAGAAUAGAUUAAGGUGAGUAAAAACUUAUAUUUAUAAACUUUCCAGAAGAAAAUGAAAUAACUUAAGCAAUAAAUUCUCUAUUAGCUUUAUCAAAGUAUUUUAUAAUUAGAUAGAUUAUCAUUUGUUUACAUUUUGUUCAAUCGCUUCCUCAGAGAAUUCAAUAUAUAUAAAAAAAGUUUAAUGAAGCAUUAAAUUAAGAAGUAGAAAACGUUUAUACGUUUUUUAUCAGUGAUUCUCCUUAGAUUUCUUAUGAUAAUAGAUUAUAUUAAUUUUCUAAAAUUGAUGAAUCAAAUAAAAAAAUUUUUAUUAGAAUACUUGAAGAAGUUAGCACUCCUUAAUAUAAACGUAAUUCUUAAAUCUGCUAAACUUAUUUAUAGCAAUCAGUAUUAAAUUAAUAAGAAUAAUUGCAAUAAAAGAUAAAUAAUUUGAAUAAAUAAUUUCAACAGGAAUACUUAUCCACUUAUUUAGAGGCUUAUCUUGAGAGUAAGGUAUAAACACUCUUAUCCAAUGAAAUAUAACCAUUUAAAAUGUUGGAUGAAAAUAUCAAAUAAAAUAAAAUAGCUCUAUAUAGUGAGGCAAUAUAUAUGCUUUGUUAUAAUGAAUAAGAUUAUUCGUUAUAAUUAGAAAAAUUUAUGGGAAAAUGGUUUAAAAAUUUUUCAUUUUGUACUAAGUGCAAAAUAUUAUACUAAAAAUAGGGUUAUAAAUACAUAAUUUAUUAAUUAUCAUUAUUCUCAUUAGAUUAAAAUGAUAUAGAUAUUGAAAUACGAAAUAGAUGUAUUAGUUGUAAAGAGUAGUAGCUUUCAUAAAGGUUAACUAUUUUCAUACCAUUUUUAUUUAAAAUCUAUAUUUUUUAAUAAAUUAAAAAUAACUUGAAAAUGAAUGAAUAAUUUUUAGUGGAAACUACUAAAAAUUAAUUAACUUAAGAAAGAAUAUUUAAUAAAAAAAAUAAAAGAGAUUGUAUUGCUAUAUUACUUUUAAGCAAUGAAGAUGGGCUAAAAUAAUCAGUGAUGCAAUAAGUUUAUGAUUGUAAAAAUUACAAAGAAAGCAAUGAAUUUAAGGAAUUGUAAAUAAUAAAUGAUUCCUUUUAUCUUAUAGAUUCUCCAAUAUUUUAAUUUGAUGAAUAUUCAGAAUAAUUAGAAUCAAUUUAUUCAAAUUAUUUAAAUACUACUCCAAUUCAUUAUAUUAUAUUUUGUCUCAAAUUAUAAAGAUCAAGUUUAAUAAAAGAGAGUCUAUUAUCUAUGUCAAAGAAAUUUCCAAAAAUUAAUAAAUAACUAUUUGGAGCAUUCAUAAUUAAUUAAAUGAAUGAUGAUGUAUCAAUAUCUUCUGAACAUGAAACAAUAAAUUGCAUCAAAGAAUUAAUGCCUUAGACUAUUCUAAUAUAAAAUAGUAAUACUAGUGAAGAUGUUAUAGAAAAAAUCUCAGAUUUUAUAAAAAUUGUUGAUCAAACUCAACCACUCUCAUUUGAACAAACUAUUUUUUGUAAAUAAGACAAUGAAUCAAAUUAGGGAUAAAUUGAAAAUUCUCUAUUUUUAAUGUCUUAAAAUAUAUCAGAUCAAUUUAUAUAAAAUUGUCGCCAAGAAAUAAAGAAUGAAGAAUUAAAACAAGAGAAGCUAAAGUUGUAAAAACAAUAAUUUAAAUAAGAAAUUUCUAAUCUGAAAAAUGAGUAUUAAGUCAAAAAAUAAGAUCUAAAAGAUCUUAUAUAUUAAAUUGAAUAAGAGAUUAUAGAAUAAGAACGAAUUUGCAAAGAAAAUGUAAAUAAUUUGGAAAAUUAGAUUGUUUAAACUGACAAGGAUUAUGAUUCUUCAAUGUUUAAUAUAAAAGAGAAAAAAUAAUAGCUUAAAUAAAUGGAAACUGAAAAAAUGAAAAGGAGUUAUAAAGUAAACUAUAGCAACAAAAAAAAUAUCAUUGUUUGA